UCAGCAUCUGCGCGCAGCCGCAGCCGGUGAAGAGAAGAUGGUGCUUAUCAAGGAAUACCGCGUGGUCUUGCCCUGCUCCGUGGAGGAGUACCAAGUCGGGCAGCUGUACUCUGUGGCUGAGGCCAGCAAGAAUGAGACGGGCGGCGGAGAGGGCAUCGAGGUGCUGAAGAACGAACCCUACGAGAAGGAGGGGGAGAAAGGACAGUACACACACAAAAUCUACCAUCUAAAGAGUAAAGUUCCCACGUUCGUGAAGAUGAUCGCGCCUGAAGGAGCCCUGGUGUUCCACGAAAAGGCCUGGAACGCCUACCCCUACUGCCGAACCAUUGUGACGAAUGAGUACAUGAAAGAUGACUUCUUUAUUAAGAUCGAGACAUGGCACAAACCUGACACGGGAACACUAGAAAACGUCCACGAGCUCGACGCGGCCACGUGGAAGACGGUAGUGGUGGUGCCGAUCGACAUCGCAGACAAAGAACAAGUUUCUCCUAGCGACUACAAGGAGGAGGAGGACCCCGCGCUGUUCAAGUCGGAGAAGACCGGCCGGGGCCCCCUGGGGCCCAACUGGAAGGAAGAGCUGCAGAAUACGCCUGAAUGCCCUCACAUGUGCGCGUACAAACUUGUCACUGUCAAGUUCAAGUGGUGGGGCCUGCAGAGCAAAAUAGAGAAUUUCAUCCAUCAGCAAGAGAAGAGAAUCUUCACCAACUUCCAUCGGCAGCUGUUCUGCUGGAUCGACGGCUGGGUGGAGCUCACCAUGGAGGACAUCAGGCGUAUGGAGGACGAGACGCAAAAGGAGCUGGAGGAGAUGCGUAAGAAGGGCUCCGUGCGGGGCACCACGGCCGCCGAGGAGUAGCCCCGCCCACCGUAGGGCCGGGGCACGCCGACUUCGUAAAUCAGGUCAGGUUCGAGGCACCAGUGCUGCGAACGAGCAGUGAGGCAAAAAAAAGCGCAAACAACCCCAAACCCUGACACCACCACGACGACGACGACAAACCCGACGACGACGGCAACGGCAGCAGCAGAAAGAAAGAAAGACAGAAGGGCCGAGUUUUUUUGGUGGCUUCCCUUUCCCCGGCGAUUCUGGGAGCUGCGUUUGAUCAACAGUACUGUACCCCAUCUCUAUGGAAUGUCCCAUUGACAGAGAAAUGCAUUGUAUAAAAUAAAGUAUUUUUAGAGUAUAUGCGCACAUAAUGCAGGUAGUGUAAAUAGCCUGGGCUACAGGAACUUCUGGCUACAACCACCCGUUUAGAUAAAGCGUUUAUUCAUGGCUGUGAUACAAAACCAUUUACCAAAACCAACCUUAAUUGGCACGAUAUCACCUUGGCAGGUAUUGGACCAAUUUCUUUUUCAGUUUCGUUGUCCAAUAAGAUCAUUUUAUUUGUUGAGUCUGUGUGUUCAUGGCUGUUAAAAUAUUAUUUUUCUUUUUUUUUUUCUUCUUUAUUAUUUUGCUGAUUGCCCCUCAGGGUGAAAUGUGAGCGGUUUCCCUCAGAUGAACGUUAGUCCUGUAUUAGUGGGUUUUGCUGCCUCAGUGUCAUCUUACGGUGACUUGCAGGUGGAUAGAAUUGCUUGAAAGCUGUUUCAGGCUGGGUUUUAUUUUCCUUAAUGCCGUCCUUUACUGUCUUAACAUUAGAAGAUUUUGAUUAUUGUGUGUUAUAAUUAGGCUAUAUACCCCUCCCCCACACGUGCAGGUCUGGAUCGGUUUAUAAUGGUUAGCAUUUUGACACAGACACAGGUCCUUGCGUAUCGGAAAGUUUUUUAGCAGAUGAGACUUGUUUUGAUGUGGCCCUCCUCUGGUUGUUGAGGUCGGUUCCAGCCCCCCAGCCCCUCCCCCCAUCCUCUCUCGAUUACAGGGGGCGGUACCCUAGCAACUGUUCUGCAGACCCAGUGCGGGGGGGUCGUACCGCAGGCUAACGGUUCUGCAUGUUUACAGGUGAAGAUUGAACAACCCCCCACCCACACCCAGCACUACCCCCUCUCCACAGGCCACAGCCACUCACCCCCCCCACCCCCCCACCCCCACUUGUUGAAAUGAAAAUAAAUCCUGGUCUGCUUAACCCCCCCCCCCAUCCUUCCCAUCAUGAUGUCUGGUGGAGCACGGCCAUUUUAGCAGCUUUACAGAGAGUAUUUAUUAUUUUUAUUUUUUGCGUAAAGAAAGGCCCAGUAUGUUGGGUUGCACUGUGGGUCAGCCCAGCUGUGCUCCGGUAUGUUUCACGUUUUACUCUGCUAGCUUCUCUCUUCCUCAAAUCGCGGAGGACGUUUCCCGCCUUCGGACUGACGAGGUGCCAGUUUGUGGGGAUUGCAGGGUAGUACUGUUUGGACUACACGCACGUCUUUCCGUCUUUUCCUUUGGCUAGGCGUCGAUCGAUCAUGCAGUGGUCAGAGUGCACAUGGUAAAUGUCUUGUUUGUUUUUGUUCGUUUUUUUUAUUUUUUAUUUUAAAUUUUUCCCAUUUCCUUUUUUAACGAUUUCUCGAAGCGCGUUGUCCGCGGACUGAGAAAGCGUGCACGCUACGACUUUCGCUCUCGAGCCAGCGAGGAAGAGCGCCGGUGUUUUCCGAGUUGGUUUAGCCGCAGCCGCAGUCUCGAUUGUCAUGGUAGCGCACAAAACUGUGAGGUAGACAAGUAGGUUAAACCAAGUUCUGAUUCGCUGGUUUGCAUUCUCAGUCGACUGUGGCGUUUUCUCAUUCCUGCUCAAAUGUGUCGCUUAAAAAACAACAGAAUACCGGCCAGUCCAAAAAAUAUAUAUAUGGGUACAAUGCAAAAAAUGUAUUCAACAGAAGCCAAAAGGGCUAUCUUUGUGGUUACUCCACCCUCCUACCCCCGCCCCUCCCUCGCAGAGUUGCUCUCUGUUUCGCCAGCAGGGCGGCGACAGCAGCGUGUACUCUACAUGCAUUUCAGAAGCCUCUGCUCUUUCAGGACUUAAUCUUUUGAUACCUGGCCGUCUGACACAGGUAACAGUGUAAGAGCAUGGUAUUCUGUUUGAAUAAUUUCUAAAGUUUUUGUUUCCUUUUAAAAGUUAAAAGCUUGUCUUUUUUUAACUUUAGCUUGAUCGAUGAAUGAGGUCUGUUUGGUUUAAAAUAAACAAACAAACAAAAAACCCUCACAAGGCGCUAUAAACGAAUGCUAUUUUAUCCUCACUGUAUAGUUAACUGUCUUUUACUUGCAAGAGUUCUGUUGAGUGUACAAGGGGGUGGGGUUUUUUUGGGGGGUUUGGGGGGGGGUGGAGGGGCUUGGAAAUUUGAGAAGAAUAAUUCAAAGAAUGACAACUGUACAGUAUAUUCACGACUGAACUCUUUACUUGGAAAAUCAACUACUGUUAAAAAGGAUGCAUUUAAAUAUUUUGAUCAUAAGUUGAGAUUCAGGGGAAACUGUAGUGAAUGUAUGAUGUUAUAUUUUUGAUUUGUUUUUUUGUUUUGUUUUUUGUUUGUUUCAGCCAAUGCGCUGUAACAAAAAAAAAAAAAAAAAAAGGUCUAGACAAUGGAACAGAAUAUCCAAUAAAUUUCAAAAUGAA